AUGAACGCACUUGUCCAGUCUGCUUUGACUGAUGUCGAAUCCAAACUCAAUGCUCUUUUGACUAGUCUUACUACAUCUCCCACAGCUGCAGGAGCCCCCGCCGCAGCCGUCGCCCUACUCGACGCGGACGAUGUGUUAACCUCCGCCAUUGAAACCCUUCGGCAGCACCAAGAAAACCACGCAAAGAUCCUUCGACUGCGAAAUGAGGCACAGCAGCUGGAGGACCGAGUCAAGGGCAUUGUAGGGGAUAUUGAAGGGUUCGAGAAAGAGAUCCGCACAGCUUGUGGAGACAACGGCGACAGCGACAGCGAUUUCGAUUCCGACUCCGAUGAGGACCGUGGGGGAAAGAAAUCAGUGCUACGGGGAAUCAAUGAGAUUGAUUACAAACUACUCUUGGAUUUCGCACGCCGCAUUAGCAAAUACAACCACGAAGCAGCAGCCGAUGCCGCUACAGGCGUUGUGAAACGACAAGAACAAGGCCAUGCCCUCGCCGAUAAAGAUAUAACAAUGACGGGAAUAAACGGAGAUCAGCCAACAGAGCAGGGUGCCGAGCCAGUGGCAUCUGUCACCAAAAACGCGACGCAGUGGUUAGACGAGUCCGCGAACGUUACGCGCCAGGUCUACAUGCUCCCCUAUCCGAUGGAGGAACGGAUCCGGAUGGGACUGAUGGGCCAAAUUCAGCUUGCGGCUGGUGAUGAUCCCGAAAAGGAGGUGGAACGGUUGUUACGCGAAGCUGACGGUCUUGGGGCCGCAGAACCGCCAGCACCAGUUGAACCAGCGGAAAGCACAAAGCAGGCGGACGAGGCUGCGAAGGCCGCAGCUCAUGCUGGGUCAUCGGCCGCUGGAAUGCCGCGGGCGCAUGCUGCACCGCCAGCUCCGAAACCGAAACCCAAGGCGAUGCUGGACCUUGAUCUCUACGACCCCGACGAAGAUGACGAUUGA